AUGGCGAAAUUGAGCAUCUUAUUCAUGCUGAUCCUUAUGGCGCUGGUGUGGCCCAGUCAAAGUGCUCCAAGAUCGAGAAAAUCACGUGAAGCUUCGAUACCUUCUGAGGAACUACCAAUUCGCCAAAGCAAACUUGAAGAAAAAUACAAAGAAGACGUUACUACAAGCGCACCGGAACCGACGCAUAGAAGAAACAAGGCAUUGAAUUUAUUUGGCUACUUCCCUCCUUUCAUGUCCUCUGGUCUCGACUACGCUGAUGAUGACGACGAUGUCACUUUCUCAGUAAAUGACGACAGUUUUGACGAUGAGGACUUAUCAAGAACUAUUCCGUCUACCCGCAGACAGCAACAAAAUAAGAAGAAAAAUGGAAAUGCAAACACGUAUCAAAACGAUAACAUAAACUCCCUGCAAUAUGACAAUUCACCUAUCUUCUACAUCAGGUUGCCACCUACGCCGUAUAUGUUUGUUCCUGGAUUAGGAUAUGUGUCGCAGCCUCCUUCUCUUGGUCCGUCUAUGUCACCGCUUAUGCCUCAAGGUGUUCCCCCACAAAUGGCUGAUCCUUUUAUUAACCUGCCCCUGGACUUCGUUUCAAAUGGAAAACCAACUGGCGUGUAUCAAUGGAGUGGUCCUUCCGGUUACCCUUCACAAAUGGAGUCUGUCGAUCCAUUCGGAUAUGGAUCUUCGCAAGCAAUAAUGCCUCCAGCUCCAAGACCGACCUACAACACCCCGACAUAUACAAAGCCAAAACCGAAACCGGCACCAACUAAUUCGAAGAUAACAAACCUUAAGGGCCAGUUUGUUUUUAAUGGCAAACCAGGUGAUAGCGUAUAUGUUCUGAGAGAUACAUACAACUCUUUAUACUCUGAUGCUCUUCAGAAUUUCUAUCCUUAA